AUGAUACCGUGGCAAUGGAUUACUAAACUACUGUUCACUAUAUGCAUUUUCAGUAUACUCGGCUCUGCAGAUAGCGCCAGAUCCUUGACAAUUGAUGUGAAAGCUCCUUGGAAAAAAGUUGACUUCGUGUCAAAUUUCAUAGAAAGUAUAGCAGGUUUUAAUUCAUCGCUAUAUGUACCUACCUUAGAAGGUAUCUUUGGUCUUGGCGAAUCUGAUGAAGUUGAGGGGAGAUCAGACAGAGAUAUAUAUGAGCACUUGUUGAAUCAAUUACAACUAGAGCCCACUACAAUUGACUUUAUCAACUUCAAUCUUGUUAACAAAAAGUAUUCUGCACGGGUGGCUUCACAUUAUGCUCACUAUGAAAUGGUGAUAGAACAGUUUGGGGAGAGACUUAAGAAAGCAUGUGCCCAUGAUUCGUUUGGUAACGUGGUUGAAACCAAGAAUGGACUUGUACCUGCGUGGGUCUUGUACAACGAUAAAAUCUAUUGUUCAGUGAAUGAUUUAUUUGCGCUCCAGACUGAUAAAUCGAAUCAAGAGACCUUCUUGUUUGAUAGGAUAAUUGGCCAUAAUGAUGAAUCUCCUUUGUUGGCUUUUUAUGGCGACCCCACAGUUGAUCAAACAAAGGGAUUUCUAAAAGUUUUGUACGAAGAAGCUCGUAAUGGAAAAUUGAGGUUUGUUUGGAGAUAUAUCCCACUGUUUAGUAAACAAUUGGAUUCAUUACCAGGUUAUGCAGUAGAGCUACCUUUUAGAGAUGCCGAAUAUUCGCCUCAGUUCAGGAAGGACUUGAACAAAGAUUUUGAUUUGAUAAAAGGUUCAACCGCCAUUUCAAAAGUUGGUGAAGAUGUUAAUGAUUUAGGUAUCAAGCUUACCUCUUUUAUUUUAUCUAACAGAGUCAAAUCAACAAAGUUUGAAUUGCUACAGACAUUAGUGAACAAUUUGCCGAAGUUUUAUUUUUACUUGAACAAAUUACCACAGCUGGCAAAUUACAAAAAGGUCAAGUCAAAGGUAGUAGGAAACGAACAAAUGGGACUAUCGAAAGAAUCAUUUGGAAUUUACAUUAAUGGCUCCCCAAUUCAUCCAUUAGAGUUGGAUGUGUACAAACUUGCAGAUAAAAUUAAAGAGGAGUUAUCCAUGAUACAGGAUCUCAUCAAACAUGGGUUCAACUCAGUUCAAGCGAAGCUCCUUUUAUCCAAGUUUGGGUUACUUUCUGCGGUUAAACAAGCUCAAUUUAGAACUGGGAAUACAUUGAUGGGCAACAACGAAAACAGGUUCAAGGUAUUCCAACACGCUUUCAAUCGCAAAGACUCAUCUAAGGGUGGUGUUGUAUUCAUAAAUGAUAUUGAAAGUGAUAGUAAUUAUGGAGAGUACUCGACAGACCGCCAGGAAGUUUAUCUUGGUGUUGAGUCUCGAAAACUUAAGCCCAAUCAAAUACCCCCACUAAAGGAGAACAUCCAUGAUUUGAUAUUUGCAUUGAACUUGGCAAGCAAAAAGCAGUUGAAGGCAUUUUUCAAAUUUUCAAAGAUUAUAUUAGAUUCGGGUAUCCCUCAGCAAAUUGGUAUUGUGCCGAUCAUUGGCGAAGAUCCAUUAGAUGAACAGCUUGCCACGCGUUUAUACCAUAUUACCGGGCUACUGGAUCAAAAAGAGGCGCUAGCUUUGCUCUAUAAAUAUAUGGAAUCAUCUGGUCCUGACGAGGUUCAUGACUUACUAGAGAAAGUAAACAUACCUUCUGGAUUUGUGGUUGACUUUGAUACUGUAUUGAAUAAAUUUUCAAUAGAGCUGCCCUCUGUUAUUGUCAAUGGGGUAAUUCAUGAUCUUUUUGCAUCCAAUUGGCAAAUUGCUAUGAGCAAACAGAUAGAACAAGAUAAUGCACUUAUUAAAAGUCAAUUGAGACUGGGUGAUAUGAAUGGCAGCCUCAAAGACAUUCUAUACAAUAACGCUAAACUGGAGCGAAACUUACGUAUUCAUCCAUUAGAUCCAAGUGAAAUUAUCUAUAAAAGGAUUGACCACGACUUGAUGAGGUCUUCAAUAGCUUUUAAGAAAAUUGAUAAAGAGUUGGAGAAUCAUGCUACUAUAUGGUUGGUCUCUGACUUUAGCAAUAGCAAAAUGGUGGAUCAGCUUAUUAAUUUAUUGAACCUUAUGAGGCGGAGAUCGAUUCAGAUAAGGGUCGUCAACGUUGGAAACUCAGAAAUGUUUUCAAAAUUAGUGGAAAAGAGGAGGUUGAAUGCGUUGACAAAUGCCGAAAUUAACGGUAUAAUAUCUCUGUUGAAAGAGUCUGAGCUAUCAACUGGCUUAGAUGAAGAGAUUUUGCAUGUAUUGGAAGAAAAGCAUUUACCAGUAAGACAUUCAUAUUUAUUGGUAAACUCAAGAUACAUCAGAUUAGAUCCUGUCAUUUUGAGUGUAGACGAGUUGUCACAACUAAUCGAGUACGAACUAAGCCAAAGAUUAAGGCUUAUGAACGAAGUUGCCCUCACAUAUGUUGAUGAGUUUCCACAAGCCUUAUAUGAAUACAACCUGGUGGUAUCUGGGAUAGACGAUAUGGAUUGGUUUGACUUAGUAUCCAGUAUAAUCACAAAAUCAUUUCAUGUUGAUGACAAGACAUUCAUCAAUGAUGUAAACCGAUUUGACUUUGGUUCCUUGGAUAUGUCAAAUCUGAUUGACUAUGAAAAGUAUGAUGAAUCAAAACUCGUGGAUGUAUUGGUUAUCAUCGAUCCCCUUGAGAAGAAGCCCCAGAAACUAAUCAAUAUACUCGAUGCAGUCAAGGACUUUUCUUUCGUUAAUGUGAGGGUUUUACUUCAACCAAAACUUGAAUACAAACGGGAAGAAUUAAAUGAACGAUUUUAUCAAGGUGUAUUUCCUCCUUCCGUGCCGCAAUUCGAAGAUAGCGGUUAUUGGAAUGAUAAGUAUUUGGCAAAUGUUGUUUCACUUCCACUAGCUAUAUAUUCUAUCAACAUGGAUGUUCCCAAACGUUGGGUAGUGAUUGCAAAGAGCUCUCCGUCGGAUGUUGAUAUCGGCAGUUUUAAAUCGAAUAAAAGCCCAAUAUCGCUUUCCUUUGAAUUGUCUAAUUUACUUAUUGAAGGAAAUGCUAGAGAUAUUCACACCGGUAAAGCACCUAAAAACUUGCAACUACAGAUCUCCAAUGGAACACAUUCUGAUGAUACCUUGGUUAUGACAGCAUUGAACUAUUUUCAAUUGAAAGCAUUGCCUGGUGUCCACCUUCUCAGUGUUGAGUCAAACCACUCGUUGUUGUCUGCCUCAGACAAUAAGUUUGAUCCAAACGUUGCCGAGAUUGAUGCUGUUCCAGUAUCCAUGUUUUCAUUGGAUGGUGUUGCACUUCAAAUAAGGACUACCUCGAGAAAGGAGAAGGUUGAUCAGAAGACCAAGCAUGCGGAUAUCAAUAUUUUCACAAUUGCCGGUGGUCACGAAUAUGAGAAACUUGUCGGCAUCAUGAUAGCCUCAGUGAAGAAACACAACCCAAGGAAGCUGAUCAAGUUUUGGAUUUUGAAUAAUUACAUCUCUCCUCAAUUCAGAGCAUUGGUUCCACUUUUGGUUAAGAAGUUUGACAUUGAGAUCGAGUUGGUAACAUACAAGUGGCCUAAUUUUUUGCGGAAGCAGAGUAGCAAACAAAGAGAAAUCUGGGCUUACAAGAUACUAUUUCUUGAUGUCCUUUUCCCCCAAGAUCUUGAUCGUGUUAUAUUCAUUGACGCUGACCAAAUAUGUCGUACUGAUCUUGGAGAGUUGGUGAAUAUGGAUCUAGAAGGAGCACCUUAUGGUUUUACUCCAAUGUGUGAAUCUAACAAAGAAACUGAGGGUUUCAGGUUUUGGAUGCUGGGAUAUUGGUCUGAGGUAUUACAAGAUGACUUGAAAUAUCAUAUUAGUGCCUUGUAUGUUGUUGAUUUACCUAAGUUCAAAUCUAUUGAAGCAGGGAAUAGAUUGCGUGCUCACUAUCAAAAGUUAUCCAGCGAUCCAAACUCAUUGAGUAAUUUAGAUCAAGAUUUACCCAAUAACAUGCAGAGGCAGAUCAAGAUCAAAAGCUUGCCACAGGAAUGGCUUUGGUGUGAAACAUGGUGUUCAAGUGACACGUUCAACGAAGCAAAAAUGAUCGAUUUGUGUAAUAAUCCGUUAACUAAGGAGAACAAGAUUGACACCGCAAAGAGGUUGAUUCCAGAAUGGGUAGAGUACGAAAAAGAAGUGUUGGCCCUAAUCGAUCAAACAGAUGAUAUUCUCAAAGAAGAAGAAGAGGAGAAGAAGGACCUUACUAUUGAUGACAAUUUACACGGUGACGAAGUUACGGACGACGAUGAUUUUUACCAUGAUGAGUUGUAG